AUCAAGCUCACCAGUCAAGCUUGAAGAUGUGGAAGUGCUUGAAAAGGGUUCUCUGCCUGAACUCUGCUUUUGUAUUUGCCAUCUUUCUAGCCAGGACUGGAGCUUCCCCUGCCAUCGUGAAUGGAGUCCUGGGACACUCGGUUUCCUUGUUUCCUUCGAUCCCAGUCAGACAGGACAUGGAUGAGGUUGUGUGGAGAAGAUCAUCAACAAGCACAAAGAUAGCUCGAUACUUGGAAAGGUUGAUUAAAUACUUUAAUACCACUUACAACAACCGAAUAACUCUUCAUUCCGGAAACUUCAGCCUGGAAAUCCAUGAUCUGAGGAAAGAGGAUGCUGAUGAAUAUGAGGUCAUUGUUGCAGCAGGAGAUUCAGGAGACGAACGCAGAGAGCGUAUCCAACUUAAGGUGUACGAGCUUGUGUCAGGAGCACACAUCAGAGUUCAGACCACUGGGAUCUGCAACUUCACCUUGACCUGCACCAUGACCUCAGGUGACCCCACCAGCUUCAUGUGGUGGUGGGAAGGAGAAACUUCGGUACAUGACAGCACGCGGCACAUCCGGGUACUCGGAAAUACGCUAGAGGUUCAUCACACUGCAGAGGUCAAGGAUACUGUGUACAAUUGUGAGGCCAGGAACCCCAUCAGUAAUGGAAAGGCAGAGAUCCAGCUGAGGGACAUCUGCAAACUGGUCACAUAUGGUGACAAUUUUCCAAAGAGCAUCUCUGCACUCAUUGCAAGCAUCAACAUCGUCGGUGUCAUUGUGGGACUUACUUUCUCGCUAUAUUUCACCCUCAGGAGGAGUGCAACAGGAGAGAGAGGGUCUGCAGGCAAGUACCCAACAGCCCUACCCUUAGGACAGGAGGUCCAGCCAAGUCCGGGCAGGGGGAGCAGGAGAGGGGUAUAGGCAGGUGUCUCACAUCCUGACUCUCACAUAUCGGGACAAAAGGUGGGAGAAGGGGUGUAGUUGGU